AUGGCGCGGGAGCAAGUUCAGACCUGCAACUCUCAGGACUCGCAGAGUAUGCGCCAAGAGCUGGAGGAGCUCUUGAAGCAGUGCCCCCUGCAAAUCGCAAAGAGCCUUCUCAGGGCAGCCAAGGCAGCCUUCGAUGCGCAGAGGUGGCGCGAGCGCUUUCUGGAAGCAGUUCGGCAGCAUGCCAAAGAAGCAGCUGCAAGUGGAGCUGUGGUGCCUCUAGCGCUGGAGGAGGAGGUUCGGCAGCUGCAUGUGCAGCAGCUGCUUCAUCAAGCAAAGGAGCUGAAGCUUCAUGGUGACAAGGUCCAAGCACAAACGACGAUAGCCAACUACGAGUCCGCUGCAGAAAGCUACGCUGCCGCACUGCGACUUCUUGAGCUCUUGCAAGAUGCAGGGGCGGAUGCCGACGCGUCCAGUGAGCUGCGAGAGCUGCCAGACGCUUUGCAUGCCUUAGCAGUGCAGGCCAUGGACCAGGUGGAGUCUGCGCUCGGUGAGGAGCCCCUUGCGGAGGAAGCAGGCGACGAGGUGGAGAAACUCCUGGCCUUCGCCGAUCGGAUCUUGAGUCAAAGCAAGGACCCCAGCAGCUCCCUACGCGUGGAGCUGCAGGCGCUCCAGGAGGCCGCUGCAGAGGCGAAGAUUUCUGGCCUGCGCUCUUCUGGCGAUGCAGCGGCGGAACGCGGCGAUUGGCAAGAGGCGGAUGCCUGCUGGGCGUCGGCUAUGCUCAUCGCACAGCGCCAGGAGCCCACACCUGGCAUCCUUCGCCUAAGCGAGGGGCUGGUGAAAUCGCGGCGUUUUGCAGCCGUCACCAUGGCUGGUGCUUUUUUGCAGCAGGGUGAUGCCAGCCGAGCAGCAGGUGAUAUCUUCAACGCAGACAAGCGGUACUCGGACGCGCUGGGCGUGCUGACAUCUGAGGACGCUGGCACAGCCCCGCUCCGCUGUAUGGUCCUGCUGAAACGUGCAGAGGUGCUCCACCAGAAGUGGCAGCACAAGGAUGCCUUGGAUGACUGCGUGGCAGCACUGCGUAUGGGCUUCGAGCGGCCUCGAGCGCUGUGCCUGGCUGCAGAGGCGUGCAGAGCACUCUAUCUGCGAGAAGCCAAGGAGGAUUUGCUCGAAAGCAACAUCCGCAGCCAUUGGAUGGAGAUGGCCGUGCGUUACCUCGAGGAGGCCUGCGCCGAGCAGGAGGACCCUGCGUUGCAGCGGCGUCUCCGUGCCUGGCGACGGGAGGCGCCACCCCGGCCAACACCGGUGCCGAUGCCCCCGUUUGAUUGGAGCAAAGUUCCAAAAAACGAAAAAGCAAAUUAUUUUGGAUAUGUGGAUCGCAGAGUGCGGUUCAACGAGAUGGAACUGCAGCGGAUCUGGGAGGAAGUGAGCAAGGAGUCCAAGGUUGGGCAAGAGGCUGUGAUCGGCAAGGCUGCAUUCGUUCGGGCGCUGAAGCGCUUCAGUGGGGACAUUGAGGAGGAAGAGGCAGAUGCACUCUUCCAAGAGGCUGAUCAAGACCAGGAUGGUUGGCUUGCCUACGCUGACUUCCGGCAGAUCAUGCAGAUGGACCACACUCAGUGA